AUGACAGCGGUCGAGAUGAAAACCGAAUUCGGCUAUACUGAAGUUGCUGUCGAGGAUCUUUGCACAACAUCGUAUUCAUACGGGGACGAUGAUGAUAUUAUUUGCUUGGACUGUGAUGAUGUCCCGACUUCUUCUUCAACGCUUGUCCAGAAUGUCCAACCAGAGCCAGAGCCAGAGCCGUCCCAAGUGUCUAGACUCCUGCUACAGAUUGUACGAUUGCAUCUAAGUGAGCAAUGCAAAUCCCCUGGUUGCAUGGCAGUGAUGGAAGAAACACAAACACUGCGAAAGAAAAUGAAUACAUUAGAAGAUUUGAGUACGAGACUCCGUCGAAUAUGCAGUACUCAACAAUCUGCGAACACCGGCGAGACCUCUGGCUACGAAACAGCCCAAUUUCCCUCAGCAGAAGGUUGCAAAUGUUCCUCAAACAGUCAACCACUCAUUUCAUAACUCUCCUCGUCCGGAGCCUCCAGUAAUUGUAAGGAGAAAUGCGCGGAGUGAAGCGAAUAUUCCAAAUGCGGGUGACCGAAGGGCAUCAUUUAAUAAAAGCCCUGUACAGCGUGUUGAUCGAACUCCCCAACGUGUUAAUGGAGCGGCUAAAACUCCUUUGCGCACCCCUCAAGCCCCUCCCACUAUCCAACGAAUGCCUCCCACCCCUACCAUUCCGGCAUCGCCUCAGACUCCUGCAAAUAAGACCUCUUCAAAGAGUGGUCGUUUGAAAUUAGAAGUGCCUUUUGCACACGAGAAUUCGCUUAUCAACUUCUCUUCACCCAUAGAGAACCCUAUGCUAGAUUAUCCUAUGGAAUGUCAACGUUGCAAAAUUGCUGGUCCUAAGGAUUUAUCUCUAGAAAUCAAAACUGAGCCUUCCAAUUUCCUUCUGACAAAGAAAGUUCAAGGCGUUAUCAAAUGCAAUCCUAUCCAUGCUUUCCCAAAGAAGGUUAGAAUAUUCUGUUAUAUGGAAAGCGCUGUCAACGUUCGGCGAUGGACGUCCAGUCUUUUGUGUAAUCUAGCCUCUUCAGAAAGGAUCAAAUUUGAAAUUGUGUUCAGUAAAGAUCAACAAAUUGCACAAUUCGAUCGGGUAGUAGCAUUUGCAUACGGGACUUUUGGUAACGAUAAAUAUGUCACCGAUCGUAUUAUAUUCAACGUCGGAUAUCAAACAAACGGAGUUUAUGAGAAUAAACAAGCUGGAACUGCACCUAAUGUCGCUGAGCCAAUGGAAACGGAUUCAAUUUCCCCACCGUCUGCUGAUAGAAAUGGACUGCGUAGAGAAUUAGAUGAUUCCAACUUCGAAGUAUAUCGUCCAUAG